AUGCUCUAUUUCAAAAUAGAGAAUGGAAAGAGAGUGUACACACUUAAUCCAGAAAAUGCAGAGUGUGCAAAGCCAGCAAAAUACUCUAUUGAAGAUAAGUUCAGUGAACAAAGAAUAAUAAUGAAGACCAGAUACAAGAUAUUCCCGUUUGAUGAUUAG